AUGGCGGAAUUUGAAGGUGAUGCUGCUCAUUCUGAGUUCUCCAAGAAGAAAGACAUCGAUGUCGAUAUUGCGGGGGAAAAAGAGGUCAAUGACUGUCCUAUUGAGGAAGUGAGGCUCACUGUUCCAAUCACUGACGAUCCGACGGAGCCGUGUCUGACUUUCAGGACAUGGGUGCUCGGCCUAAUAUCAUGUGUGCUUCUAGCCUUUGUGAAUCAGUUCUUUGGGUACCGGGAUAAUCAGCUAUCCAUUUCAUCGGUUUCAGCACAGAUAGUUGUUCUCCCCUUGGGAAAGUUUAUGGCAACAAUGCUACCGACGAAACAGGUCAACGUCCCAUUCACAAACUGGUCAUUUUCGCUUAAUCCAGGGCCAUUUAGCUUGAAGGAACAUGUGUUGAUCACCAUGUUUGCCAAUGCUGGAAGCGGUGGUGUUUAUGCAGUAUAUAUAAUUACAAUUGUCAAGGCAUUCUACCAUAGGAACCUCAAUCCAGUAGCAGGCUAUUUGCUAUUACAAACUACUCAGUUGCUUGGCUAUGGGUGGGCUGGUCUCUUCAGAAAAUAUCUGGUGGACUCCCCUUAUAUGUGGUGGCCAUCAAACCUGGUUCAAGUCUCGCUUUUCAGGACAUUGCAUGAACCAGAAAAGAGAUCAAGAGGAGGAGUCACGAGGCUGCAGUUCUUUCUCAUUGUGUUCAUUUCAAGCUUUGCCUACUACCUGGUCCCAAGCUACUUGUUUCCUUCCAUUACUACCGUCUCCUUCAUUUGUUUGAUUUGGAAGAAAUCCAUCACUGCCCAACAGAUUGGUUCAGGCCUCUCUGGGUUGGGCCUUGGAUCAUUCGGCCUUGACUGGACCACAGUUGCAAGCUUCUUAGGAAGUCCUUUAGCCACCCCUGCUUUCGCCAUCAUUAAUGUCCUGAUCGGGUUUUUCUUAAUUGUCUAUGUUAUGCUCCCCAUUGCUUAUUGGACUAAUUUAUAUGAUGCUAAGAAAUUUCCAAUCAUCUCCUCUCAUGUGUUCGAUUCAACCGGUCAGCCAUAUAAUCUUACCAGAAUUUUGGAUAGUCGCACUUUCCAGAUCGAUCGAGCUGGAUAUAAUGGUUACGGCAAAAUUCAUCUGAGUGUCUUCUUUGCAUUCACAUAUGGCAUUAGUUUUGCAGCUCUAACAGCUGCUAUUUCGCAUGUUGCCCUCUUCAAUGGGAAAACCAUUAUGCAAAUGUGGAGAAAAACAAGGUCUGCGGUAGGAGAUCAGUUUGGAGACGUGCACACAAGACUGAUGAAGAAGAACUAUGAAGCAGUCCCCCAAUGGUGGUUUCAUGUAAUCUUGAUUGUAGUGCUGGCUCUUUCAUUCAUAGCCUGUGAAGGUUUUAAUAAGCAGCUUCAACUCCCAUGGUGGGGAAUCUUACUAGCUUUUGCCUUGGCACUAUUUUUCACCUUACCCAUUGGGAUAAUAACAGCCACGACAAACCAGACACUCGGGCUGAAUGUGAUCACAGAGUUGGUCAUUGGGUACAUAUAUCCAGGGAAGCCUCUUGCUAAUGUGUCUUUCAAGACCUAUGGCUACAUCAGUAUGGUGCAAGCACUCACAUUUCUUGGAGACUUCAAACUAGGCCACUACAUGAAGAUCCCUCCCAAAUCCAUGUUUGUUGUUCAGUUGGUGGGAACCAUUGUUGCUUCAAGCGUCUACUUUGGGACAGCAUGGUGGCUACUUGAAAGUGUUCCCAACAUCUGUGACCGAGCUUUGCUGCCAGAGGGAAGCCCUUGGACAUGCCCUGGCGAUGACGUUUUCUACAAUGCUUCAAUCAUAUGGGGAGUUGUGGGUCCACUCAGAAUGUUUGCGAAGUUGGGCGUCUACCCAGGGUUGAAUUGGUUUUUCCUUGUUGGCUUACUUGCUCCUGUUCCAGUAUGGUUGCUGUCACGCAAAUUCCCCAACCAAAAAUGGAUCAAGCUCAUCCACAUGCCCAUUAUUAUAGGAGCUACAGGAAGCAUGCCACCAGCUAGAGCUGUGAACUAUGUGAUGUGGGGAGCAGUGGGACUUUUCUUCAAUUUAUAUGUUUACAGAAGGUACAAGCAAUGGUGGGCGAAGCACACCUAUGUCUUAUCAGCGGCUUUGGAUGCUGGAGUUGCCCUUAUGGGAAUACUCAUUUUCUUUGCCCUUCAGUCCAAAGAUAUUUUUGGUGUGGGCUGGUGGGGUCUGGAAGCAGAUGAUCAUUGCCCACUGGCUUCAUGCCCUACAGCACCAGGGAUAGUAGCUGAAGGUUGUCCUGCUAUAUGA